GCACUUCAACCUCCCCAGAAUAGGUAACUUACUACGUACCACUUUAUGCCAGGAAACUUUGGCUUUCUCAACAAGGGUUGCCUCCCUUCUCAUUCUGCUUCUGCCCGACGCACGAUUAGCCUUCUUUGUGCCGCCGAAACCGAGACCGUCCGAAUCAGAGAAUGCCCCAAGGGAGUGAUUAGGAGGUAUGCAACCCACGGCUGGGUUCCACGAAGCCGAGGUGGCCCCUGUUAUUCCAUACCCUUCUCGAAGAACUGAGCACUGGAGAGCAAGAGGCUGGACUCCUGAGAGGUCUAGGGGGCUGGCUGGUCGGAUUCUUGGCAAGUUGACGGUCAUCGUCACCACCUCGGUUGUCUAUCCACCACCGGCGCUGCCGGCCCUCGUCGGCGUGUCGUAUCGUUGGGGUCAUCUCCCGCUCUCGCCCCUUGAGACCCUUUGUGCCUUGAGAUUUUUUAUUUCAUGGCCUGAUUGCCCUGCUGGCUCCACUACGCCAGAGCGACCUGAAUGCCAAAUCUCAUUUCAACGCCCAACAGCUUCACUACCUUCAUCCUCUUCGAUGUCGAGACGCUCUCCCCUGUCCGCCAUCAAGACCAAAGUGAAGCGCGCUCAACCCAGCUCUGAAAGCCAUUCCUGCGAAACAGCCAACCAGAGGCUGCCCAUCUGUGAUCCCAUCUGCCGCUUCCUAGCAAGGUUGUUCGCCAUCCGCCAGGAAAAAGACCGGAUAGCCGGUUACGGGCGAGCUUUCUAGUUAGGAUGUGACAUCGUUCAUUAAGAAUUGUUUCUGUUCUUACUGCUAUGAAGGCAGUACUGUAUAUUAGCGAUUUGUUCCGAGUCCACACAGCAAACGUGCAAGCCAUCCGCUUCUCAGAUACUAUCAGAAGCCGUCUGCCUGAUGGUGGUACAAUAUGCCCCUGAUUCGAUGCAUUCCGGCCGCAAAUGCCAGCGAUCGAGCGAUCAGCACCGAAGCAGUGAAAUUGGCGGUUGAAUUUACUGGUUCCUUCAGAGAUG